GGCUCGCCCUGUGUGGUUCCCGCCAAUUCUUGCGGUAGUCCUCCCAGGGUUGAAUUCUGCGUUCCAUGGAGGCGUUUGACCCUGCCGAGCUGCCCGAGCUGCUUAAGCUUUAUUACCGAAGGCUCUUUCCCUACGGCCAAUACUAUCGCUGGCUCAACUAUGGCGGAGUGGUAAAGAAUUACUUUCAGCACCGUGAAUUUUCAUUCACAUUGAAAGAUGAUAUUUACAUUCGCUACCAAUCCUUCAACAACCAAAGUGAGCUGGAAAAGGAGAUGCAGAAAAUGAAUCCAUACAAGAUUGAUAUUGGCGCAGUAUAUUCCCACAGACCCAAUCAACACAAUACAGUGAAGCUGGGAGCUUUCCAGGCUCAGGAAAAAGAACUGGUGUUUGACAUUGACAUGACAGACUAUGACGAUGUGAGGAGAUGUUGCAGCUCUGCAGACAUAUGCUCCAAGUGCUGGACCCUCAUGACCAUGGCCAUACGUAUCAUCGACCGAGCGCUAAAAGAGGACUUUGGAUUUAAACAUCGUCUCUGGGUAUAUUCUGGAAGGAGAGGUGUUCAUUGUUGGGUCUGUGAUGAAUCAGUUAGAAAACUGUCCUCUGCAGUACGUUCUGGGAUAGUUGAAUAUUUGAGUCUUGUAAAGGGUGGUCAAGAUGUUAAAAAGAAAGUUCACCUAAGUGAAAAAAUUCACCCUUUUGUCAGAAAAUCUGUAAACAUAAUAAAAAAAUACUUUGAACAAUAUGCCUUAGUUGAUCAAGAUAUUCUUGAGAAUAAAGAAAGCUGGGAUAAAAUUUUAGCCCUUGUUCCUGAAACAAUGCGUGAUGAACUUCAACAAGGCUUCCAAAGGCAUAGCAAUUCACUUCAGCGUUGGGAGAAUUUGAAGAACACCAUCAACAAAUUUCAGAAAAACAACAAAAAUGACAAAUGUGGACCCUGGCUUGAGUGGGAGAUCAUGCUCCAGUAUUGCUUUCCACGACUGGAUAUCAAUGUUAGCAAAGGAAUCAAUCAUUUACUGAAGAGCCCUUUUAGUGUUCAUCCUAAAACAGGUCGCAUUUCUGUGCCUAUUGACUUACAGAAAGUGGAUCAGUUUGAUCCACUCACUGUUCCAACCAUAAGGUCCAUUUGCCAUGAAUUGGAUGUUAUUUCUACUAAAGAAGAAAAAGAGAAGGGAGCUGAAUCUGAUAUUAAACCCAGAACCAGAGAUUAUAAGAAGACCAGUCUAGCUCCUUUUGUAAAAGUUUUCGAGCAGUUUCUUGAAAACCUGGAUAAAUCCCGAAAAGGAGAACUUCUCAAGAAGAGUGAUUUACAAAAAGACUUCUGAAGAUAACAAACAACUCCUUUUAUAUGAAUAUGGAUUAUCUUCUACCUUCAACCAAGAAUCAAAUACUUCAAGAGCCAUUUAAUAAACGUAGCAGAACUGUGUAUGUGUCUUAAUGCUCGAAGCAAAAUUUCCUUUUCCUGAGAAAUAAUUAUGUUGAAAAGAUUCAGGAAACCACCAAAGGAGAAUGUUCAGAUUCCUGGAAGGAGCAAUACUGGGAGGAUAUAAGUGAAUGCAGAUUAAUCUGUAAAAUUUAAUAUUAUAAUGCUAAGAUUACUGAUACAGGUACUAACUUCUAGUAGUUGCCAUAUAUAGAAGUAAGUGAGUAGUAAUAUGACCAAGACUUUAACGUCGGCUCACCAGAUCCAACCUCCAUAUUUCUAGGUGUAUGAAGGUUUUGUUCUUUUUUUUUUUUUUUUUUUUAUGUAUUCCCAAUCCCGAUCCCCCCUCCCACCUCCCUCUCCACCCGAUUCCUCUGGGUCUUCCCAGUGCACCAGGCCGGAGCACUUGUCUCAUGCAUCCGAAGGUUUUGUUCUUAAUUAACACUUGAUUAAUUAUACCUGGAGCAUGUAUUCAGUAACUUCCUCAUUUUGUUUACUGAUAUUUUUAUUGGUCAGGCCACACCCCACUCCCUGUCUUUUUUUUUUUUUUGUAUUUCCAAAUCAAUUUUUUAGGUCAAGAGAGAUUUCCAGAAGGCAACUCCAUUUUUCUGAAGACUGCAGAACACUAUAUGCCUAAUUAGCAACAAGGAGAAAUCUUAACAAUACAAAAGAAAUCUUUUUAGAAACUGUAGUCAAUAUUCAACAUUUUCAAUGCAUUAUUUCCUUUUUUUCCACAUGAAAAUGUAUCCUUAGAAUUAGAAAUAAAAGUGCCAUAAUGUA